AUGGCUCUUCAGGUAUGGAUGGUUGGGGAGGACGGCGAGGACCUCGACAACCACAAGGAGCUCCUGCCUCUCUCCAAGCUCCAAGGAACUUGUCACUUUAAAAUUGGAAAGUUGAUUACCCCGUGUUUCCUGAGCAAACCAUGUGCUGCUACCUGCAAACUUGUUAUAUGUGUGACUGGCAUCCUGCAGUUGAGGCAAUUGCCACUUCGAGAGAUUGAGAUUGGUGUGUUAUACUGGCAUUUGGACCCAAAGAAGUCUGAAAGUGAGGAAGAGCUAGCGAAGAUCCGCAAAGACAGAGGAUACAACUACAUGGAUUAUCUCGAUAUAUGUCCUGGAAAGUUAGCGAACUUUGAGGAGAAGCUGAAGAACUUCUUCACAGAGCACAUGCAUGCCGACGAAGAGAUCCGCUACUGCUUGGAAGGCGGUGGGUACUUUGAUGUGCGCGACAAGGAUGACAAAUGGGUUCGGAUCUGGAUAAAAGAAGGGGAUAUGAUUGUGCUGCCGGCUGGAAUUUAUCAUCGGUUCACCCUCGACGCCGCCAACCAUGUGAAGGACCAAAAAGGAAAAAAGAACAAAAUAUUGAACUGGCAACACAAAUUUGCCAAUCUGGAUAGUGCAUUCAAGUUAAGCAGAAAGAAGCUCUAUCUUGCAUCAGAUAUCAACUGGAUCCUUAUCAUUCUGAUGCCUCGUCGUGCACAGCUCAUGAGGCUCUUCCUGGGAGAGCCAGUCUGGACCGCGCACAACCGGCCUCAGGAGGACCAUCCGGUGCGGCAAGAGUAUGUGAAGAGGCUCACAGACGACAAUGCUGGUCUUGCUCUGGCAGCACACUGA